UGCUGACGGGAUGUUACGGGCUUUGCUGCUUAUACUUUCUGUAGUUGCCAUUGCUCAUGCUGAGCUCUGCAAACCAGAUGCACAGAAUGCUUUCAAAGUACGGAUUAGUAUCAAAACAGCUUUGGGAGAUAAUGCAUAUGCCUGGGAUGCUAAUGAAGAGUACCUCUUCAAAGCAAUGGUGGCUUUUGCAAUGAGAAGAUAUUCCAGCAAGAGCACAACUCAAAUUUCCAAUGUGCUGCUCUGCAAUGUGACAGACCGGGUGUCCUUUUGGUUUGUGGUCACAGACUCUUCCAAAAAUGUGACAACUGUUCCUGGAAGUGAGGUAGAGGCAGCCAUCAGGAUGAACCGGAACAGAAUCAACAAUGCCUUCCUACUGAGUGACAAAACACUGCAGUUCCUGAAGAUAACCUCAACCUUAUCACCUCCUGUUGAACCCUCUACACCUGUCUGGCUUAUUGUAUUUGGUGUUGUUCUUUGUCUCAUUGUGGCUGGGAUUGUUUUCCUCAUUGUUUCAGGGAUUCAGAAACACAAGAAAAAGAAUAAAGAGUCAACAGAGAGAGAAAAUUUAGAAGAGAAAGUUGAAGUGACACUAGAAAAUGGGAUUCCUUGUGAAGCACUGGAUUUAAAAGCAGGCCACAUUAAUGGAGUCUUUGCAGCAGAUGAUGACCGGUUCACAUCCCUAUGAAAUGCUGCCACUGCUCUCUGGUGGUUUUCUGAAAGACUCCUGUGCCUGCCUUUUCUCAUCACUACUCCUGAAUGUCAAACAUGAAGACAAGAAAAAUGUCCUUUCACGUGAUUUUCCUUGAGGGAACCUUUUGCUUGGGUCAUCCUCCAUUACAGUUCUUUUUCAUGAGCAACACAAAUAAGAAGGCCUCAGAUAAUAUCCAGAAAAGAUUUCCAGGAGAUGUGUGGCAGAACAGGGUUGGAACCUGCCUUGUGCCAGGCAUCUCAUUUUUAAUGAUUAUUUAAAUGUGUCUAUCAUUUGUUUUUCCUGACAUAAAUGUGGAACUGCUUUAUUCCUGAAUGUCACUGGGGAGAUCAUCUGUCAUUGUCAAUUCUUGAUGGGUUUUUUUUCAAGCCAUAUGGAAAAAGUUUCUCUGUAAAAUUACUUCUGUUUGCUGCUAUGUAGUAUGCCUUUAGAUGGAACAGUCAUCAGUGCAUGAAAGUUUCCAGUUACUGAGACGCAUAAAAGCUUUCACAGCCUCUGUAAGACCAGGUCAAAAUACCUGGAUCUUGUAUAGCUCUGGGGCUAGCAAAAAUCUGGUACUAGAAGUGUUUUUCACUUAACUGUCAAGGUUACAGAUUAUGUGAGCUGGAAAUUUGCAAAACUCUGAAAUUUGUUGAAAUUAAAAGUUGCAAUAAAGGGCAGGUUUUCCA